CUCGAGUCUACGAGUCACCUCCUGCUUCGAUUCGCUUCGCUUCGAAUUGUUUUCUUAGAAGAAAGGCGUCUGGAUUUUCAAGAGUUUCAGCGUAAAAGAUCUCAAACCUGUUCAACAAGAAUUAAGCUGUAAAGUUAAUUUCAGCAAUGGAAGAAAAACAGGCUCAAGCCGCUCAACUUCCACCUGCAUAUACUGAGCAGCCGGGUUAUCCACAAAAUCCUCCACCACAGCAAGGAUAUCAACCACAACCGGGUGGUUAUGCACCACAAGGACAGCAGGGUUAUGCACCACAAGGACAGCAGGGUUAUGCACCACAAGGACAGCAGGGUUAUCCACCACAAGGACAACAGGGUUAUGCACCACAAGGACAGCCGGGUUAUCCACCACAAGGGUAUCCACCACCGGCCCAACCUGCAUAUCCAUAUCAGACACCAUAUCAGCCACCACCUCAACCUGUCAUGACUUCAUCUGUUAGCAAUAACGUGACAAUUGUGCAAGCCAAUGCUCCACAAGUAGUUGUGGCUCAAGUUUAUCCUUAUGAUCAUUGUGGACUGGCAUGGUUUGCAUGUUUGUGCUGUUUCUGGCCUCUUGGAAUCGUUGCCCUCAUCAACGCUAAUAAUGCACGUGAUGCCAUUAACCGUGAUGACAUUGGGAAUGCCAAUUAUUACAGCAUGAUGGCCAGGAAGUAUGCCAACUGGUCCAUUGGAGUUGGCAUUAUUAUGAUCGUCGUAAUCAUUAUCAUUAGUGUUAUUGCUUAAUCGUCAUGUGUUCAGCGAGUGAAUUAGAUGGUCUUCACUGACAGGCCUCUCAAGAUCUUCAGCAUGUCUUAACUUGAUUUAGAUUAGAUGAGUUUAUGAGUUUAACUAGCUGAGGUUUCCUUAUCUGUUCUCGGAAAAAAUUACCUCACGAUAGGGGGAUCGCGAAGCAAAACGAAUUCCAAUACUGUUUUAUAUUGAAGGCGUUGGAAGUACCUAGCCGCCAAUAUAAACCCGUUUUGGCGACUGAAAAUCGCAACAAUUUUAAGAACUACAAUUAUCUUUCUAGGUGUGGGCAUGGUUCAUAAUAAAACCUCUCACGUAGCAAAACUAUGAAACUGACACGAGUGCUCGUUAAUCUGUUGUUGUUAGAAUGGAAAUUAUAUUGCGCAUUAUAUAAACCAUGAAAGAGAGAAUAAAUGUUACACUCAAAUGUUUACGAUUACAAA